AAUAACCUAACAUGGACUAGAAAAAUUGGGGAAGCAACAGCAAGAUCUGGGUUUUGAUCAUCAUUUUGAGAAUCAUAACCUCACAAAUCUCUAAAUCUUAUUAGGAGAAAGAAGGAAAAGUUAAGUUUCACCUUGUUUCUAGCAAGAAGAAGCUGUGCAUAUGGCUAAGGCUUGGGGAGGCAAAAUUUUGAGUGUAUAAGGCAUCCAUGCACUCGUUCAUUCAUUCAUGAUCCAUAUAUCCAUUGGAUGCUUAUCCGUCUUUGAUAGAGUUCAAAGUUUUGUUGAUUUAUUUCUAUUCCCUGUGCUUCCUAUAUCACCCCAGCCUCCAGUAGCUUGUUUCAUGGUAAAUCUUGUUAACAACCGGCCAAAGCCUCCCAGCUGCCGCCACCCAUCUCCGGCUGAAAAAUCGAGAAAUUUCCAGAUCUGCUCUGCUCUUCCUCCCCUGUCCGUUGGUUUCUGCUAUGUGGGUGCGAAAUUUCUGAGCUUUUCAAGCCCCAAAAUUUUCUGCACUUCCCGCCGGCAAUUCCCCCAAUCUGCAGCUUCAAUUUGCUUGUUGGAAAUUCUGGUGCUGUUAUGGCUUAGAGCACUUGGAUUGAGUCCUCGGUUUAUGCGAUUUGAGGUAAGUAAAUUAUGGUAACGCCCUUCGAUUUCAAAGCAUAUUUUAAAUUGUUUUUGAGAUGGUGGUAAGGUUUAAAUUGAUUUUAUUAGCACUGAGCAUGAUUGAUUUGAAAUGAAAUUAUUAUUCUUUUUAUUGAUUUGAGCAUGCCUUCUUGGAGUUUACUUUACUGCCUUGAUGAUCUAGAAAUUAUUUGUGAAUUAUGAUUUCCUGUUAACUUCUAUUUGGUUUUGUCUCCGAUAUGGUCAUUUUAUUCGUGUGCCCACUGGUGGGAGGUUUAUAAAUGUAGCACAUGUCGACAUGUAUUUCUGUAGAGCCGAUUCCUCCUGUCAGUGGGAGUUGUUAAACAUUGGUAUUUUUGUAAUCCUGCUAGUGGGAUUAUAUACUAGUAAAUCGUGUGCCUGCUAGUGGGAGGUUUAUAACACUGGCCAUGACCCAUAAAGGAGAUGUCUAUUUCAUUUCCGUACUCGUAUCUGUUUUUUGUGAUUAUAUUUGUUGGUAUGCUAUAAGUUUAAUUAAGGGCUAUCCAUGUUUAUUUAUUGGGUUAUCUCAUAGUUUUUCCUUGUCCACCAUUUUAGAAAGCAAAGUCAAGGACAGGGAAAAAUGAGGGGAGUGACGAGUUAGAAGGCUAGUCAUCUUGUAAAUUGAACAUAGAUUUUAGAUAUAAAUCAUGAUCUAGUAA